AUGUCACCAAACAAGUCAGGUAUCAAAGUCAUCAUUGUCGGUGCUGGCUUUGGCGGGCUGACAGCUGCUAUUGAAUGCCACAGACAAGGCCAUGAUGUCGAGAUUUAUGAGUCCUUCCCCGAACUCAAGGUUUUGGGAGAUAUCAUCUCGUUCGGCGGCAAUGCAGGCAGAAUAUUCCAUCGAUGGUCUGACGGAGAGAUUGUAGCCAGACUACGACCUCUGUGCAUAAACAUCCAAGACUACGGUUUCAAAAUUCACAAAUGGGAUACUGGUGAAGUCGUUCUUCACCAAAAACGACCGCCACCGAACCCUGAAGCUCCUGUAUUGAAUGGACAUAGAGGCGAGUUGCAUGAGAUCAUAUUCAAGUAUGCGCGCAACGAGCUUGGGAUUCCAAUCCACCUUGGUCAGCGAGUAUCCGAGUAUUUCGAAACUGAAUCCCAUGCUGGUAUAAUUUUGAAAAGCGGAGAGAAGAUCGUUGGUGAUGUUGUGAUUGGGGCAGAUGGAGUGAGAUCUAAAGCGAGAGAGCUUGUUCUGGGUUAUGUCGACAAACCCAAGAGCAGCGGAUACGCUGUUUGGAGAGCAUGGUUCUCAAACAAAGACAUGAUUCAAGAUGCUCGUACCAAGGAAUUCUGCGAAAACGGCGAUACCUUCAACGGCUGGAUUGGGCAAGACGUCCACUUCUUGUUCUCAACCCUUAAGGGAGGAAAGGAUUGCUGCUGGGUUCUAACGCAUAAAGAUGACCAUGACAUCGAUGAGUCAUGGUCGUUCCCUGGUAAGAUCGAAGAAGUCCUGGAACUUCUCAAAGACUGGGAUCCCACCACGCGAGCCAUCGUCGAAAAGACACCUUCAGUUGUCGAUUGGAAGCUAGUAUAUCGCGACCCACUACCAACUUGGAUCAGUCAAAGGGGGAGAAUCGCGUUGCUUGGAGAUGCUGCUCAUCCUUUCUUACCCACGAGCGCUCAAGGUGCCACGCAGGCUAUGGAGGAUGGUGUGACCAUUGCAAUUUGUCUCAAGCGUGCUGGCAAAGGAAAUGUGCCUGGAGCGCUAAAGGCUCACCAGAAUCUAAGAUAUGAUCGCGUCCGGGCGGUUCAGAAAACUGGAGAAUCAACACGAGAUCUCUGGCAUAAGACGGACUGGGAGAAGGUCAAGAAGGAUCCCAGUAGCAUCGGGUUUCCAAGAGAGGACUGGAUUCAUGGUUUUGAUGCCGACCAGUAUGCUGAAGAGAACUUCAAUACUGCUCUUGGGGAGGCCACUGCCGUUAGCGAGCCGAGUAAGGGCGUUUUGCAGGAGACAGUUGCAGUGACUGAGGUUACCGGCUAG